AUGUCGCGUUCCUCUUUCCGCCGCCAGCCCUCAUACGAGGCCGGCCAACCCGAUCCUUCCUCUGGCUCCACGACGCACAGCGUCAACGACGAGCUGGACCGCCUCGACCUCCACGCCGCCGCCCACGAACAGGACUCGUCGUCGCUCAGCGACACCAGCAGCAGCAGCUUCGGGGAAGGCCCCUUAUCCACCAAGCGAUGCUCCUCCCCCAGCGACGCCGGCUCCUACAUGAGCAUCUGCUACGACGACGACGACGAGCAGACCACACGGCGGUGGCCGCCUUCGCCGCCGCCCGGCCCGCCCAUCCGCCGCCCCACGAUCCACACCGCGAACCUGCUCCCGCCGACGCGCUACUGCGACGGCGUGGCCUUCCCCCCUCCCCCCGCCAGAGAAUUCCACGGAGAGGAGCUGCGCAUCGUCGACCCCGGCGCCGCAGCCGGCAUCCAGUACCACGACUACCGGUCCGUCCCACGCGCCGCGCCGCACAACCACAACCUCGCGCACUCGCCGCCGGACGAGGCGCACCCGAUCCGCGGCUGCACGCUGUACUGGCAGCUGCACGACGUGCCGGUGUACCUGCCGCGGCUGGGGGAGACGCUGCCGUCGCUCGCCUGGCUCGAGGACCCUGCUCGUGAACGCGAUAGGGGCCCGCACGUCUCGGAGCGUGACCGCAGGAUGCUGUAUCGCCUGCGUAGGGAGGGGCUCAGGGGCGCGGUUGACGAAGAGGAGCUCGACUUGCUGAGCGAGGUCCGCCUUGAUAAUCGCGACCUCUUUGCUGCGCUGGACAGGAGUAUGGCGUCGGCGGCCGAGGAGACGGUGGAAAGGGAGAAGGAGGCUUCCAAAGAGCGUGAGCGAGAGGCCGCCGUCGACUUCGAGCAGGACAGAUAUGUCGACAAGGAGCAGAAGUCGGGCUUCAAGAUCCGCUUGAGGCUGCGCAAGCGCGAGGAGUAG